AUGAUAUAUCAACCAGACGACAUUUUUCAUCAUACAUAUGAUGACAAUGAAUUCAAUGGUCUUGAAACAAGCGUAUCAUUACCUCCUAUUUCUCAAGUGGCAAACAAUGAGGAUAGUAAUGGUAUCGAUCAAAAUUUAUUAGAACCACUGAAUGAAUUAUCUGCUUCAAUUAUUGUUGAUGAAUUCAUCAAUAAAAUUAUCAGCUCGGGUGAAGCAUCACCACGCACACUUUGUUGUGAUCCUGAUGAACCACUAUUUCCCGGUUAUCAAUUGGAGGAUAACCAACUAGAAGAUUUUUUUGAAGAUCCGAUCAAUGAAGUUACAACUACAACGACUACUAUCGCUACUGAAAAUGCUAAUAAUAACAAUAUUGUUAAUGAUACAUCAUCAGAAUUAAUUUCAAAAGAACAUGAAAAUUUUAAAUCGGAUGAUAUCAAAAAUGUUUUAAACGAAUCUUUUGCUGAGUUUAGUCUACAAAUGAUUGAUAAUUCUAUUGAACAACGAACAAUGGUUGUUGAAAGUCAACCACCAGCUAAUCUUCGUUAUCGUUAUGGAAGUGACGGAAAACGUCAAAUAGAAAAAUCUCGUACAAAACCUAUGAUUAUUAAAUUACCAGAUUUAAAAGACAUACAAUUAAAUUCUAAUCAAUCAUUUUGGUUUCGACUCAUUUUGACUACAUAUAGUAAAAAUCCAUUAGAUGAAGAAUAUCUUCAUGUUAAUAAAUUAGAAUAUCAUUGUAAUGAUGUACACGAAUUUAGUGAUAAAACUAUUUGUAUUCCAUUAACUCCAAUGGAUAUUAAAGAAGGAAAAAAAGUACUUCCACGGUUAUCCAUAAUCAAAACAACAUUAAAUAAUUAUAAAUCCAAAUUAGUUCCAUUGAGUCUAACAAAAAUACACAAUGAACCAAACGAAAAUAUAAAUGAAAGAAUAGCAGUACGAGAAGCAAAGAAACUUUUUAAAAAAUUUAAUUUGAAAGCUAGUCGAAUCGUAUGUGAAUUAGUAAUUAAACAAAAUGAAUUAUGGCAUUUUACAAAUAUUACAUGUGAAACAAAUGUUAUAGAAAACAAAGAUCAGAAAAUCACAAGAAAAAAACGAUCAGCAAAAACAAUUGACAGUGAUGAAGAGGAAUUAUCAAAUGAACGUCCGAAUUCAUCAAAAUCGAAAUCAACUAAACGAAAGAAACAUUUCAACUGA